AGUCACGUGGCCGCAGCAGAGACGACGGAGGGAAACGGCAACAUCCAACAUGGCGGCGCCGCCGCUCGGCUCCGCCGCGGAGCGCCACUGGACGGAGGAGAAGGAGCGAGCGCUCAUCGCCUUCUUCUCCAAGCACAGUUGUCUGUGGAACCACAAGUCGGAGAGCUACAAGAACCGGCAGCUGCGAUGGAAAACCCUGGAGCACCUGCGGAUCCUCCUGUCGGCUCACCCGCCUCCCGUUCCCUUCACAGUGGAAGACAUAAAGAACAAGUUCAAGAACCUGCGCACCACCUUCCAGCGUCAGUACAAGAUGGUGAAGGCGAGCAAGGUGUGCCGCUCGGACGACGUGUUUGUGCCGCAGUGGAAACACUACCAGCAGCUGAUGUUCCUGCAGGGCUGCUGGGACCCGGACGACGACGGCGGCGUGGACGACGACGACGUUGAGCCGCUGUCGUCUCUGACUCUUCCACAGGAGGAGACCCAGUCGGUCCUUUCACCCCCGGGAAUGAUCGUCUCCUUCCUCCCCAACCAGACCGCCUCCUUCCCCUCCACCUCCACCUCCUCCUCCUGCUUCCCGACCUCCAACAUGAUGGUGAAGUGUUACUGGACCGAAGAGAGGGAGCGCGCCCUGAUCGCCUUCUACUCCGAGCAAAGCUGUCUGUGGAACAAGAAGUCUGAGAACCACAACAACCGUCAGCUGAGGCUGCGGCUGCUGGAGGCGCUGAGAGAACAGCUGUCUGACCACUCGGUGUCUUUCUCUGUUGAAGACCUAAAGUGCAAGUUCAAGAACCUGCGGACGGUCUUCAACCGUGAGUACAAGGUGGUCCAGGCCAGCCGGGCGUCCGACAAACUCUACAUGUCAAAGUGGAAACACUACCAGCAGCUGCUCUUCCUCCUCGAGUCCUGCGACGAAGACGACAGCACCGACGACCUGCAGCUCCUGACGCCGCAGGAAGACAAGGACCCGGAGCGCGGCGACCAGACGCCCUCGUCCACGCUGAGCAGCUUCUCCUCCAACUCCACCCAAACCGUCAGUGUCAAGGUGAACAACGCCAACGCCAGGACCAGCGCCGGCGCCGCGUACCAAAUCCUCGUCUCCACGUGUCCAGACAAUCUCCGACUAGCGAACCAAACGGCAGCUUCCACGCUCCCGACCUCUCCGUCGGCUUCACCUGUGGACACGAAGCCUGGCGCGAACCCCUCCCCUCGGAACUUCUGCGCAUCCGCGCCCGUUGAGUCCGACAGCAGAGCGAGCGCCGACUCCCGCUGCCACUGGGGCGAAGCCAAAGUGCAGCAGCUCAUAUCGUUUUACUCUGAACACAGCUGUCUGUGGAACCACAAGUCCGAGAGCUACAGGAACCGUCUGCUGAGACAGAACCUGUUGGAGACGCUGAGCGGCGUCCUGUCCGACAACGAGCCGGUCCCGUUCACAGUGGAAGACAUAAAGACGAAGUUCAGGAACCUGCGAACCAUCUUCCAGCGCGAACACAAGUCGGUGAGUUCAAACAAGACGUGUGGUUCCGAGGACUUCUACCUUCCAAAGUGGAAACAUUACCGCGAUCUGAUGUUCCUCUGCGACUCCUGCGACGAGGACGAGCGACCCGAAGGCCUCCACUUCCACGGACCGCGGGAGUCCGGCACCCUCUGCCUGGACAGCCAAGCCACGCCCCCCUCGCUACACUACCACGCCACCACUCAAACUGCUACCGGGCUGAACAUCAUGCCGCGGAGCCUCGGGGCCCCGCCCUCGCCGACUCCCCCAGACUCCCGGCGCUCGUCCCCGUCUUCCUCCCCGUCGCCCUCCACGUCCUCCUCUCACGCCGACAGCCGAGCGCCGGGACGCAAGCGAGCGAGCCGCCGGGCGCCGCCCACCGCGAGCGAAAUGCUGGAUCUCAUGAGGAUGUUCUGUCAAAGUCAAACGGCGUCGCCGCACGCCGGCUUCCUGAAGUACGUGGAGGAGUGUCUGAACGAGACGCCGCCGGACAAGGUGAAGAAACUGAAGAAGAAGAUCAUCGAGACGAUCCACAGCGUGUCGGAGGAAGUUUAGCGUCAGACUCGUGUGGUGAUUAUAUUUUCUACUUGAGUCUUAAUCUCAUCACUCCCAACAGCUAUGAUCACUUCCGUCACCAACUGUCAUGUCAUUCCAGGUUGCAGGCCUCUGACACAUCAAGUUUCAUAGGAUUUUGUUUCUCUUGAGCUGUUUUCACACAUGAACUCCGAAAAAUGCCCAAAAGUUGGGUCCAACCGUUCGCACAUGAAGAACGCAGCAAGAGAUCCGUGAAUCUUCCGGAGAUUUUCCUGCUAUGGGCUCACUUUUAAAUGUAGCCCUUCCGGAAAAGUUCCUCUUAGCUUACGUUAUAGUUGUCAACAAUCCCCGUGAAAGGACCAACAUCACCACAGAUCGUAGCGCUGGUCACCCUGUCUGACUGGUGGGAAGGAUGGACCAACUACGAAACAGGUCACAGGUUAAAACAACAGUUGACGGUCAUGCUAGCAGCCACGCCAACAAAUGAAGAAAGAAAAAUUAGCUGUUUGCUUUUAGACCGGACUCGGCUCAGGUCUUUGUUGUUGAACUUCUAAACUGGUGUCGAUUUAUGGUUUAGCCCUGCUGAGACAUGCUAACAGCUAAACUGUAGUAGUUUAGCCCUGCUGAGACAUGCUAACAGCUAAACUGUAGUGGUUUAGCUGUUACAUGCUAACAGCUAAACUGUAGUCGUUUAGCCCUGCUGAGACAUGCUAACAGUAUGCUAGCAUUGAAUUACUGAUAUGCAACAUUGGCACUUAGCUUUAUUCCAUUACGAAUCUAAAUCGCAGGUCAUGUAGGAUUAUAUUUUGCUUGAUGGAGGAUGCUAUAUAUUAGCAUCUCAGUAAUUAGAGUUUGACGAUAUUCUGCCGUGAACCAAAGUCACGUGGUUUUCUGGACGGCGUUGGGUUGAUCGACGUCCAACAGAAAGAAGGAAGUAUUUCCUGAAGAACUACAGUAUUUAAAAAUGUGUUGAGAAGAAAUGUUGUUGCCAAAACUUGUUUUUUUUGUCAUCUCGUUAAAUCUUCAGCUUUAUUUCCUGUUUUCAAUUUCAAUAUUUAAAUUUUUACAGCGGAUGAUCCUCAGCCGUCGUCGCUCAAAAGUCUCGUCCUUCACUUCUCCUGUUGAGUUUGAAUUCAGACAUUUAAAAACUCACUCGCGUCACGUUUGUGAAUUUAGACAUUCGAAAAAAAACUUCCUCAACGUGUAACAUACUUCUUUAUUUAUUUUAGCUGUAGCAAGUUCAUGUUGUUACCAAAACAUGUUUAUGAAAUGUUGACUUUCGUAAGAGUAGCCGUUAAAUAUGUUGUAUUGUCGGUUGCUUUUGUUGUUGAGGUUUGAUUCCAGGGUCCAGCUCAUAAUCAGCUGCUGCACAGAUAUAAAAAUAUGGAAAGUUUAUAGACCUGUUAUUUUUUCCCUUUCUCUAAUCUAUGCAUGAUGUCUCUGCGUUCUUUUCCUUUACAGUGAUAAAUAUUUAGGUUAUGAUGAAAUCUAAAAAAUAAUAUUUUGUAGUAUCAGCAGUGAUUGACAGUGGUUUUUAUUAAUGAUUUCUUCCCUUUGCAUGUGUUUUGCACAUUGUUUAUUUCAAAUUUUGCCUCAGUGCCUUAUCGGAAUCACAGUUACUGCAUUUCCUGUAAAAUGUGCAGGAAUUGAAUCUUCUCAAGUUUGGACUUAAUAGGUUUUGUUUAACAAUAUUAAAUGAAGAAAGUUGA